AUGACGGUCAUCACUAAAGCUAUUGGCGAAAAGAAGCCUGUGGAUAAAAUGGAGCAGCCAUUGCACAAUCCUCAGGGUGAUGUAGAAUCGCAAAGUUCUCAACAACAGCAACAGCGAGAUAUGGGAAGACAUUCACACUAUUUAAUAUUGCGAAGAGCUAAUUUUACUUCUAAGUCUAUGACACUUUACUGCCUAUUAUUUACGGCCCUACUGGGUAUGAGUAUUGGUGUACUUGGUGGUAUAUGUAUUUACAGGCGUUAUGCUCGCGAACAGAUGCAUAGAUUCCGCACUGGAUGGUACAGCAUUCCAUACGAACGCAUGGAUAAUAAAUUGCCAUUUGUUAGUGAUGAAUUGUCAGCCGGGGUUCCAUCUGAUAGUGAUCUAUUCAAAAGUCUUGCCAGAGAUACGGAACAAGAGGCUCUUGUUCUUGAUAGAUCUGCGCAAAAUACUAUACGUAAUUUCUUCCAAGAUUCAAGCAAAGACUUUUUUCAAGAAUGUUUUGAAAUGGAUUUAGAAAACGGACAUUAUGAAGGAAUUGAAGUACCAGACUUCCGUGAUGGACGUCAAGGACGUUUUAUACACGAUUUCAAUAUUAAUCUAACCGGAAUUAUUGAUCUUGAUGGUCAUUCUUGUUUUGUUAUGGCACUUGAUCGUGAUAAAGUUUUACCACCGAAAAAUAUGUACGAUUUGUUAAACAAAAUGUACAAUGGGUACUAUGAAGUUAAUACAAAAGUUGUACGUGAAACAAUGAAAGCUGUAUUUCCAGCUAUUUGUGAUCGUUCUACCGUAGGGACAUACAUUGCACGUGAAUGUAAACAAAUGCCAAUAUAUACUCUUGAAAAAGUAAAUAAUACUGGUAAGUAUUGGGCUCGUGCAAGUUUACUAAGCUCUUGGGAGAUCUUAGCAGAUCAUGUACCAAAAACUAAAACUGGAAUAGUAAAACGAAGUAUUGAUGGUGUUAUAUUUGGACAUUUUGCUGGUACAAAUAUUAUUGAAUAUGAUAUAUCAAAUAUGGCAGAAGUGCAAGAGGAGACACGUAAAGAUGAUUAA